AUGUCGCUUUUCAAAGUGUUAAAAUGGUUUGACUAUCAAUGCUCGGAUUAUGAUGAAAAUUACGACGCGUUCCUCUUGACUUGCUGUAAAUUACAUUCAAACGACAACAAUAAUAAAGACAUCAUUAUUGUUGCUUCUCACGAUGGUCAUUUAACAAUUUUACAACCAUCACAGCAGGAAAGUACUUCAGAAGACAAAAGCGUUGAUGUCCAUAAUAAUCCGCAGAAUCCUUCGAGUGUCAUUUUCGAGAAGAACUUAAACGAGCCAGUAAUCGGAGUUUUGAGUGGAAACUUCUUUCAAACAAGAAACGUUGCCAAUCAAUGCUGCAUUGCGAUUCUACAUCCAAGAAAAAUUGCAUUUUAUUCGCUUCUUACAACUGCCGGUCUAGUCGAACAUGGACUUCAAUCGAAGCUGCAAUUGAUGAACAAGUUUGAAUUUCAGAAAACUGCGUUCUGCUUCGUUAAAGGUGGAUUCGGAAAUGUGAAGAACAAAGACUUUCUUUGUAUUAUGUUUCUAGAUGGAUCAUUGAGAUUCUUUGAACACGAUGGAAUCGAACAAAACUGCACACUGCCAGGAAUUCGAACUAUUCCAACAAGUUUUAUUUAUGUCGAGAGGACGGAUUGCUUCUUAUUUCUUUCACCAAACUGGGAUCUUGAAUGUUUCAGAUAUCUUAACAUGUCCGAGACAUUUGAACGAAAAUUUAGUCCGAUUUGGAGCAUCAAUGUUGGUGAAUAUAUUCUUGAUAUGAACAGUCAUCAAACCAGCAACUCGGAAUCUUUAAUAAUUCUUCUUGGAGAAAAUAAUUUAAUUUGCGUUUCUGACACUGGAAAAAUGAAAUUCAUAAAAAAGAUGGAUUAUACUCCGCUGUGCUUUUGUUCCUUUGUGGUUGGAUGGUACUUUGAACCAGAUUGUAAAUUAAUGAUUGCUGUCGCAACGGAAAAUAAUUCCAUUUUAAUCUAUCAAAACUCAACUCUCGUGUGGUGUGCUGAACUUUUGGAACAAGCUGUUGCAAUUCGGAGAGGAAACUUUUUUGGAAUUGCUGGUGGUUUAGUAACUUUGAGUCCAACAGGAAAAGUUACUGUGGGAUUCCUAGGAUCAGAACCUGUGCUCAAUAAAGUUCCACCAAUUAAUUUAUCUAAACUUGAUUACGAUAAAUCCAAAAUUGAACUCGAAGAAAUGGAAAAAGAAAUUCACGAAAGUGUUGACAAUGCCGAUGUUCCCUUCAUCAAUGCCAGUGCGGAAAAAGAUUUAAAUAUUCAAACACAACUCACCGUUGAAAGCAAAGAAAUCGGGCACGUUUAUUCACUCAGAAUAAUUCUUCUGCCAACAUUAAAUCUGGAACAAGUUCAAGUACAUUUAAAUCCAAACAUUGAAAUGAUAAAUUCGGAAAAUGUUUUUAUGGUUAAAAAUUUAAUCUCAUCUAAUGAAUAUUCUCUCGACACUUCAUUUACCUUGGAGAAUUCAGCAAGUUUAGAGAUUUUCGACGAGAUUCUGCUUUUAAUUUCAUUUAUUAAUAAACAAGGAAUAUCUCGAGUUAUACGGAAAGUUGUUAAAGUGCCAUUGAGCAAAGUUUUUCAGCCUUGUUUACCACAAAACGAUGAAAUUUACAAAGUGACACUCUCAUCUGAACAUCCAAUAAAUUUCAAUGCGAUGCUUUCAGAUUUUAAUCUGCAAAACAUAAAACAAAGUUUUGGCUUAAAAGCAACAAUUUCUGACAGCAAUUUGACGAUGGUUUUAGCGAAGAAUACGAAUCGUUAUCGGUUACAAUCAAACAGUCUGAUAGUGCUGAAAUCUUUUCUAAAAGCUCUCUCAAAUUACAAUGAAGAAUCCAAAGCAUUGCAGACGACAGCGAUAUCAGCCAAAAUUAAAAGCAUUCCAGUGUCAAUUAUGGAAAUCCUAAUGACAGUCAUUGAAAAGCAUCACAAUUUGAGAGAAGAAAUGAAGGGAAUAAUGGACACGCUAAAUACGAAAACGAUUGAACUGAAAUUCUUCGAGAGAUGUUUUCUUGCGAAAAUUCAUGGAAAAUCUGCGACAUCAUCGAUAGAUAAUGUUCAUGAAUUGUUAACCGAUACUUAUCAAGACAUUUUAUCAUUGACGACAAAAGCUGAAAUUAUUAGAAAUGAGAUUAAAAUAGUUCAAUCUCAAUUAUGCGCCACAUUGUGCUUUCUACGAGAAGUUGUCGGCUUUAUGUCUCGAAACGACAGCACAAAAAGUAUCAUGGAUGGUAUUUUAUUGAUGACGAGGUGCAUGUUUACAGACUUUCACGAGCAAUCACAGAUUGAAGCUUUGGCACCAUAUGUGGAAAAUCUUUACAACAUCAAUCAAAUGAAGAAGAGCGAAAAUAAUUUUCAUCAAAAAUCUUUCUCUUUACCAAGAUUCAUAAAACAUUUAAAGUCGACGUUAUCAAUUUUAUCGUCUGAGAAUGCAGUGUCAGAUGAAAUUUUAUUAAAUGUCAAAGAAAGUCUUAACGAGGAUAAUGAAAACGUCGAAGAAGAAAAAGAUUGGAAUGCGACAAUAAAAUCGAUUAUUUAA